AUGGCCAACGAGGAACCAGUCUACAGUAACUGCACGAACCCGGCCAGCUACCAGCAGUACAGCUGGACGUUGAGCGACAAGCUCCGUAAAACGGCCAAAUCGGAGCUGCGUGAGGACGAACACCUGCGCUCGCAGGGUUUGGCGCAGAUGCGCGAUUGGAUCGCGAAAAGUCCCCACAUCAAACGUUGCCGCACGGAUCCGCUGUUCUUGCUGCGUUUCCUGCGCACGAAGAAGUACUCGAUUCCGCAGGCGUGCGCCAUGCUGGAGAAGUACCUCACGAUGCGCCAGACUAACUCGUCGUGGUUCGAGCGGCUAGACAUCAACGAUCCUGAGAUCGAGGCCAUCAUCGAUGGUGGUUACAUUGUGCCGCUGCCAGAACGUGACGAUCACGGUCGGCAGAUCAUCCUUACGGUGGCGGGUAAUCUGGAUCUGACGCGCGUAUCCUCGGCGCUGUUGGUGCGUGCUCACCUACUCGUGCAGGAGGUCCUUGCGGAUGACGAACCAUCGCAGAUCUGCGGCUACGUGCAGUGUGUGGAUGAGCGCGAGCUAUCGAUGAAGCUGAUGAGCAUGUGGUCGAUCGUGGACAUCAAGAAGGUGACUGAUUGCAUACAGAAUGCGUGGCCGAGCCGUAUCAACGGGAUUAACCUGAUCGGGUUGCCAUCGACGGCCGCCACGCUGGUCGAGUUCUGCGUGUCGCUGCUGAGCGAUAAGCUGCGCAAGAGAAUUAACCUAUUCCGCACCGUGGAUGACUUUGCGGGAAAGAUCAAUCGCAAGGUCCUGCCGAAGGAGUACGGUGGUACCGUCCCGAUGGCGGACAUGAUCGCGCAGUUCAAAGAGCGCUGCCGCCAGAAGCGAGCCCAAAUGUUGGCCAUGGACGAGAUGUACCUCGAGAUGUCGAAGCUACCGGGCCAUUGUGCGGAUUCGUGCCGUCGCGACCUGGAAGCUGGCAUGAUCGGGAGCUUCCGCAAGCUGGAGGUUGACUAA